AUGAUUAGACAAGUGUCCCGGUCGACUCGGGCGUUGAGACGGCUCCCGAAGGCCGCUCUCCCUCAGGUGGCGCUGGCGGCUGUCGUAGCUCAGCCUGCCACCCGCAACGCUAUCGCCGCUUACCUGACCCGUUCCACCGUGGUCCAGCUCCUCAAUAACAUUGGGCUGAAGCGCGAGGUCGAACAGUACCUCAAGUACUUCACCUCGGUCCUGCAACAGCAGUUUGCCGUGAUCAAGGUUGGUGGUGCCAUUAUCACCGACCAGUUGCCCGAGCUUGCCCUGUGUCUCGCCUUCCUUUACCACGUUGGCUUGUACCCGAUUGUCCUCCACGGGACCGGUCCCCAAAUCAACGAGUUGUUGGAAAACGAAGGUGUCGAGCCCGAAUACAUUGACGGGAUUCGGGUGACCAACCCUGAAACUAUGGCGGUGGUGCGUAAGUGCUUCUUGGAGCAAAACUUGCGUCUCGUCACUGCUCUCGAAAAGAUGGGGGUCCACGCUCGUCCCAUCACCGCUGGCGUAUUUGGUGCCGACUACUUGGACAAGGACAAGUACCAGUUGGUGGGUAAGAUUACUGCGGUGAACAAGCUGCCGGUGGAGGCGGCGAUUGACGCCGGGUACUUGCCCAUUUUGACCUCAUUGGCCGAAACUCCUCUGGGGCAAUUGCUUAACGUCAACGCUGACGUUGCUGCCGGUGAAUUGGCUCGUGAAUUUGAACCGCUUAAGAUCGUCUACCUCAACGAAAAGGGUGGUAUCAUCAACGGUCUGACUGGAGAAAAGGUAUCGCUGAUCAACUUGGACGAAGAAUACGACGAUCUUAUGAAGGAACCGUGGGUGAAGUACGGUACCAAGUUGAAGAUCAAGGAAAUACACGACUUGUUGCAACAUUUGCCGCGGUCGCUGUCGGUGGCCAUCAUCAACGUCGACGAUCUCCAAAAGGAAUUGUUCACCGAUUCGGGGGCCGGUACCUUGAUCCGUCGUGGGUACAAGUUGAUCAACCGCCAAUCGCUCGCUGACUUCGGCAACCCUGACUUGUUGAGAACUGCGCUUUUGCGUGACCCCGAAAUCAAGCUGGGGAAGCUUUCGGUGGCUCUGUACCUUAAGUUCUUGGAACUGACUCCUUUCAAGCUGUACGGUGACGAACCUCUCGAAGUUUUGGCCAUUGUCGUUGAAGGCAAGGGUGUGCCCAAGCUCGACAAGUUCUUGCUGCUGAAGUCGGGGUGGCUCAACAAUGUCACCGACAACAUCUUCAACCUGAUCAAGAAGGACUACAACAAGUUGUGCUGGAUUGUGCUGGAAAACGAUGCCAACUUGGCUUGGUACUUCAGCAAGCUGGAAGGUUCGUUUGCCAAGAACGGCCAAAUUUUGUUCUGGUACGGUCUCUCGCCCGAAGAGCUGCUGAACUUGAUUAAGGAGUUUGACGCUCUGCAUAUUGGUCUGGCGCUUUCGUCGUCGAAAGAACUGGGGGUGUUCUCUGCCUCGCAACAAGCUAGAGGGUUCCACAAUCUGGCCCGUGUCAGACUGGCUAACCCCAACCCCCCCAUCACUCAAAGCAAGAACGAAGCCAAGGCUAAAGUUGCCCUUAUUGGUGCCCGUGGGUAUACCGGUCAAAACUUGAUCAAGCUCAUCGACAAUCACCCUAAGCUUGAGAUCUCUCACGUGUCGCUGCGGGAGUUGGCUGGCCAAAAGUUGCAAGACUACAACAAGGCUCAAAUUGUCUACUCCAACUUGCAGGUUGACGACAUCAAGCAAUUGGAAGAAGAUGGCGACGUCGACAUGUGGGUGAUGGCUUUGCCCAACGGUGUGUGCAAGCCAUUCGUCGAUGCUAUUGACCUGGUUGGCAAGGGUAAGUCCAAGAUUGUUGAUUUGCUGGCUGAUUACCGGUUUGACACCACCGGCAACUGGACUUACGGGUUGCCUGAACUUCAAGACCGUCAACAAAUUGCCGCAGCCUCGCGGAUCUCCAACCCUGGGUGCUACGCUACUGCUGCCCAAGUUGCCAUUGCCCCUCUUUCGAAAUACAUUGCCGGUUUGCCCACCACGUUCGGUGUGUCGGGUUACUCCGGUGCUGGCACCAAGCCUUCCCCUAAGAACGAUGUGGCCUUCUUGUCGAACAACUUGAUUCCUUACUCGUUGACCGACCACAUCCACGAAAGAGAAAUCUCCAACAAGUUGGGCUUUGACGUCGCUUUCAUGCCUCACGUGGCUCAAUGGUUCCAAGGGAUUUCGCACACGGUGCUGAUCCCCAUCAAGAAGGGGUCGUUGACCUCGCGUGAUAUCCGUAACAUCUACCAAGAACGCUACCAGGGCGAGCAGCUCAUCAACGUCACCGGCGACAUUCCUUUGGUGCGCGACAUCUCGGGCAAGCACGGUAUCGUCAUUGGUGGUUUCGCCGUGAACUCGAAGGAAGACCGGGUGGUGAUCAAUGCCACCAUCGACAACUUGCUUAAGGGGGCCGCCACUCAAUGUUUGCAAAACAUCAACCUUGCUUUGGGUUACGGUGAGUACGAUGGGAUCCCCACCAACCAGUAA